GUUACAACUGCUAAUCACCGGUUUUGAGACAUUUACUGGCAGGCAAGCAAAGCAAAGAACUGAAUCACUCUAUCAAGCUUUGUAUUUUGAAAUUUGUAUGACCAGAUCAUAGUAAAACACAACAGCCUCUUCAUUUGUGGCAAAUUAUAACAGUCUUGAUAAAUAUAGAAGUCAAUGAAGGUGUUUACUAUGAAGAUAAUUGCUUGUGUAUAAAAAGCUGGCUAUGUGGUAGCUGAAACAUAAGGUAGAAAAAGGCAAUCUGAUUUUCUCAAAUAUCUGCAUCGCAGUAUCUCCUUCUUCUUUUACUUUCUUUAAAGUAUUUCGUUUUUUAACCACUCUAUUGACGUGCUGCCUGGCAUAAUAAGCGUCUGAAGCAACAGAGGUUUUAAUCAGAAAAGCUCACCUUAAAACAUAGUAAUUUCAAGUAGCAAUAUUCAAGGUCCCAGUAAAGACCCUUAUUCUCUUCAGAGGAGGAAUCACAUUACGUACUAGACUUUUGAAAAGCAACAGCACCACUGCCAAAGUAUCUCUACCCUUAGAGACUUCUCACAUAUCGUGUAGCCUUUUUGCUGUCAAAUUCCAUUGGAGUGCAAAUAGUUUAGUCCCUGCUAGGGCUGAUGUCAUUGAACUGAGUGCAUUUAGGAUGUGCAUCUCUAUAUUCACUUCAUUUGGAAAUAGAUAGAUAGAUAGAUAGAUAGAUAGAUAGAUAGAUAUCCAUAGAAAGAAGAAUGGAUCAAAGGUGUUUUUCUUCCUAAAUAAUUUGAGUGUCUCUUUCCUCUGUUUUCAACAAAUAUAUGAGAGCGAUUUAUAAACUAUUUUUGCUGGAGUUGACAAACUUGGCUGUGUAUCUGAGCAAUCUGGAUGGAAAGCCUUUGCAACUGAUAUUGUCCUCAAGCAGCUGAUCAUCAGAGCAUUUCCUUUCCCUCCCCAAACCAGCAAAAUGACCACAUCCAGCAGGCAGAGCUCUUCUACGUCUAUGGUCAACAACUUGGCCAAAAUAUUUGAUCCAAAUCCUUUGCAAAACCAAGGGCCUGAUAAUGGAAUGGAACAUCCCCAAAUUCUUCAUGUUGCAAGCAGUGAUGUCAGCACUUCUGAAAGUUUUAACAUCAUGGAUAAGAAGUUUGCCUCCCUUGAACAGAAAAUAGAUCAGCUGUUGACUCUUCAGGACAAUGUCCUUAUGAAGCUUAACAGCGUUUCCCAUGAAGUCUGUUGCAUUGAAAAAGACAUUGAGAUUGUAAAGGCAGAAACAUCUGAACCUGGAUUAAGGAUGGAAAGAAACAAAAAUCUGAGAAGUAAUAAAAUGAAGAGGCUUUGCCUUAAAAUGGAAAAAUCUCUUUCUGAUAUAAACAGGAAUGCAGAGCGGCAGGUUAAAAGACUAGAUGGACUGGAACAAAGUGUUUCUGGAUUACAGAAGCUUGUAGGGCCUUUGGUUGAGAAGGUUAAAACAUUAGUAAUCCAUAAUUCAAGUGUAAAACGCCAUGUUCAAAAACGUAAACUUUGCAAGGCAGGAGAUUAUACGAAAGGAGCUGGACAUCUUUUUAGGAUGCAAAUUUUCUCGGAGACAACAGCUGAUGACCUGCGCAAGAGAAAAAGUGAAAAGGUAAUCAAAGAAAAGUCACAUUUGAAUGAGACGAGAACAAAAGAGAAGAAGCCACCAGAUUCAACAGAGGGGGCCAUCCAGAAGAGACAGUCCUGCUCUCAGGAAGAAGUUGAUAAGCUCAACAAGGAAAAUGAGAGGGAAAGUUCUGUUCUGCUUCAAAUGGAUCCUCCUAAAUUUCAUACUGAAGGGCCAGAGAAGAAAGGAGAAAGUCUGGCUUUUGAAAGCUAUUCUAAAUGCAGGAGAAGCUCUGUUCAGAAAUCCUUCACUACAGAAAAAGAGCAAAAAGAAGGUGUUGUUGAUGAUGCCUGUGAACGGAUAACUGAUCAGGAGAUAAAGAGUGAGUCCCCAGCAGGUGGGGAGAGGAAGGAGGAAUCUCAGGUGUCUAGAAAUGAAAGACAAGAGGAGAAGAAGGAUGAAGGAGAGGGAAAUGCUGGUAAGAGUGAAAAAGAAGUUGAGGAGCCACCAGCUCCUUCCCAAAAUGAAGAUGAAGCAGGACAAAGCCACGAUCAAGAGGCACCAGAUGGAAGGUGUAAAGGCUGCGAAAAAGAUGAUAGUCCCACUCCACCAGCACCAUUUGAUCACCGGAUUGUCUCAGCCAAAAGGGUGGGGAUCAGCAGUUAUUAUAAUGUCAGCGAGAAUGAAAUCCUGGGAGGAGGGCGAUUUGGUCAAGUGCACAAGUGUGAAGAGAAAGCCACAGGUCUCAAGCUAGCAGCCAAAAUUAUAAAAGCAAAAGGUCCUAAACAGAAGGAUGAAGUAAAGAAUGAAAUAAAUGUCAUGAACCAGCUGAAUCACGUUAACCUCAUCCAGCUAUAUGACGCCUUUGAAUCAAAAAAUGACAUUGUCCUAGUCAUGGAAUAUGUGGAAGGAGGAGAGUUAUUUGACCGAAUUAUUGAUGAAAACUGCAAUUUGACAGAGUUGGAUACCAUCAUGUUCAUAAAACAGAUCUGCGAGGGAAUUCAGUACAUGCACCAGAUGUACAUUCUUCAUUUGGAUCUCAAGCCUGAGAAUAUCCUGUGUGUGAACCGAGCAGCAAAUCAAAUAAAAAUAAUUGAUUUUGGAUUGGCAAGAAGAUAUAAACCCAGGGAAAAACUUCGGGUUAACUUUGGGACUCCAGAAUUUCUUGCUCCUGAAGUUGUGAAUUAUGAAUUUGUCUCCUUCCCUACAGACAUGUGGAGUGUGGGAGUCAUUGCUUUUAUGCUCCUCAGUGGAUUGUCUCCUUUUCUGGGUGAUGAUGACAAUGAGACCCUCAACAAUAUCCUGUCCUGCAGCUGGGAUUUUGAAGAUGAGGAAUUUCAAGGUGUUUCUGAGGAGGCCAAAGAUUUCAUCUCAAAGCUUCUCAUCAAGGAAAAAUGCUGGAGAAUAAGUGCAACUGCUGCCUUGAAACACCCAUGGUUAUCAGACCACAAGCUCCACUGCAGACUCCAGAAGAAGACUAAAGGUGACUGUGUGUCCCAAGCAUCCCCUGCUCAAUAACCUCUCCAAAAGAACUGCCAAACAGAAGAAAAGCUGCUGUGUGGUUACUGCUGCUAAGAGAUUUGAAAAUAUCAGCAGUCUUGGUGCUUUACCCCUCUGCCAUGACUGAGACUUCUUCUAAAUGGACCAACAGCACUUUAGCUGCAGGACAAGUCCCAGCAUUGCUGAGCUGCUCUUCUCUGUUCAACUGUUGAAAGAAGGAAAGUGUUUCUCCGGGUUGCAGGGAGGUGUUUCUUCUGGAGCACCAAUUUCACCAUGUCUGGGAGUGCUACAUUAACUUGGAUUCAUAAUGAACUUUUCUGUAGCUUGUCUUACAUCCUCCUUUACUUAUCAAAGGCUCCUUAGUGUUCAAAUUUUCAGGUUAAAUUGGCUAUUUCUCAUCUCAGCCCAGAAGGUAAUCUCUCACUGUUAUAUAGGUAGCCAAGGUUGGUUUGACACUGGAGUCAAAUAAUUAAAGAAAAACCCUGCAGCUAAUUAUGUAGAAGAUCUGAAGUCUGUUUUUCCUGUCACACUAAAAUGAGCUAAGGAUUUGCUCAACCAAAGUUAAAGCCAUGUUAGCGUAAUGCCAGUGGAAGUGAGAAAUGAGGCUUUCCUUACACAUAGGUGAAUUUGCUGCAACCGUGAUAUGAUACAUUUCAGGAUUUUUAGCCUGAUGAAUUACUGUUUGCUUUAAAUACACUUGGAUUAAUUAAACAAGAAAGGAAACAAGGCACUAUUCAUUUGUACCCAUGCAGACGUUGUUCUCCAAAAUACAGGUAUAAUUCAGGGUUAUUUUAAGAAAGGGUGAUUUUGUAUCAGCUAAUUUGUUUAAUGCUGAUAGGAUUGAUUAAGACUAUUAGCAAAGAGGAGGGAGAGUCAGCCUUCUGCUCAUUACAACCUCUGGGUACAUGCCCAAAUGAAAAUUCUCUGUUUUUAUGGUUUUCUUAAAGUGCUCCCAAACCUUUCUGAUUCUUUACUAGGUAAAAGCGGUGAGUCAGAACAGCUGAACUCUUUACCCGAAUUUAUUUGAGUAUGUUUCAUCAUUAAGUGAAUCUGAGUCUUAGUUGCCUAGACUGUGAAGUUAAAAUAGUGAGACUUAUCCUUGCUGUAUAUGGCUUUCAGACUGCUUGGUCUCAAAACUACAUGAAUGUAAACUAUAGUGCAUAUUUUAUUCAACGAUGCUGACAUAUUGUUGUUCAUCUAACUUUCUUUGAUUAAUCUAGUUCUGGUCAAACUACAUAUUAACAUAGCUAUUUCUAUAUAGUUAGCUAUACAUUUCUUAUGUAUUUAUUUGUGUCUUUUUUAAAAAGGGAUCAACGUAAAGGCAAACCAGUAUUAUUCAUCACUCCCCAAUGAAUUCUUUUUCAUACCUUUGUCCUUUGUGGAUAGCAUUCAUAUUGAAAUAAAAGGGGCCCAUUAAUGGGACAUCAUGGCCAUGACAUUCUCUACAGCCAGUUUGAUCCAAUGUUUUAAAACCAUUGUAGUAAUUCUCUUAAGACUGCUCCUGUAAGUGAAUAUGGCUUCUUAGAGCUGUGAAAUCUAAGAAACACUGGUGUGUUGUACUAAUUGCAAAUACAUGAGACCCGUUACUAUUAUCAAACGAUGACUCACUAUGUAACUGUGAUAACAUGUAGAACACUGCCACCUUCAAAUCCUCAUCUGUAGUCUUAACGAAAGUAAACUUUGACUUGCAGAAGUGGAGAUUUCUUUGGGAAAAGACCAACCAGCCUCAAAACAAAAAAAAUGAACAUAUGAAUUUUGGAUAGAAAACUUAUUUUUAGUCACCACUUGUGUUUGCCUGUGCAAAACAGGUAGAAAAGCUACCUUUCUGUUAGGGCUGGAGUUCCUACUCCUGUUCUGGCUACCUUCAAGGUAUUGUAGAUUUUGUACAGUAAACAACUCAAUAAUCACACUAAAAUGUAGCAGACCACUUUGGAAUGACAAGAUCUCAUUAUGCCCUUUAGCGCCAGUAUUACAGGAUUGGGUUGGGGGUUUUGUUUUUCCUGUGGUAGAUUUUAGAUGGGUAUGAAUAAAUUGCAUGUCAUUUUGAAUCUUAUUUACAAUACUAAAAUAACAGUGUGACUACAGUCUUAUCUGUGUUGUUGCUCAGUUGAAUUAAGAGGUUUUAUCAUUUGUGGAUAUAUAUAUCUGAGUAGUAGUUAAGAGCCUAGUGCCAUAAAGACCAGUCCUGUGUUGGAGUGUGUAGUGCUGACUCAGCUGCAAAUCCUCUAGGAGCAGUAGGAGAAUGUGGCCUCUGUUACGCACAUCCACAGAGUUCAUCCAUGCACACAUGAGAAUUACUUCGGUGGUGUGGAAGAGCUUGGCAUAUUUCACAUGCUUUGGGAGGUUAGGCUGUUUCAGAAGGCAUAAAUUGAGGAGGGGACAUCUUGCUAGUCCCUCGAUUUUGCAACAGGACAGUGUGCUAACAUCCUCAAGGAAUUUAACUUUCAUUCUUACUAACAUGGAUAGCCAUGGUCACACUCUUGAGUCUUAUCUAUGAACUGCCCCACUAUUUCAUCUUUGGAACAGCUCCUGUAGUGGUGGAUGAGGUUGAGGCUGGGACUAUUGGAGGAGGUGAGACUGAAUGAGCCUUUACAGUGCCUGAAGGUGCCAUUUGGUGCCCAGAGUUAAGCACAAGUGUGGACCUGCAAGUGUCCAGCAGAGGAGAAAAAUAUCCUAUGUGUGCUCCUUGUUAUUACGCCAUAGACUGUAGCUCUGCUGCACUAAGUCAAAAGGGAGGCACAUUACCAAGAUCAUUAUUGUUAUUAAGGGUAAAAAAAUUAUACUGCUGUGUAAUUAUCACUUUUAUGCAUAGCUAUGUGCCUAAGAAAAAUGUCUCUAGUGGUGUUUGCUCGUAUCUUUUCUGGCUGCUGUAAUUUUAGUUAAAUAAUAACUUGACACAGCUUGUCUUUAGUGGCUUUCUAAUUCUGUCUCAUUGCACUUUGAGGAGCAUGCUGUUUUGUGUGUGUGUGUGUGUGUGUGUGUGCGCGCGCAAGUUUGGGUUUGGUUCUAUUUUCCUUAAAUAUAUUUUGUAAUGGCUAAUAGCUAGAGGCUGCUGUAUUAAAUUAUUGUUUUGACAGAUUGUUAUUUAUUUUGUACUAGGUAAUAGUAAUAAGCCAACUAGAUUCUAACAAGUCAACUGCAUCUGCGUAAGUUUGCUUAUUGUCAUUUUUGUAUAUUGGUUUACACAAUUUCAUUUGGAAACUGUGCAUUACUGUGCUUGAGAGCAGAUUUGGGUGUAGACAUGGUGGUGUUGGGCUGACAGUUGGACUUGAUGAUCUUAGAAGCCUUUCCCAACUUUCAUGAUUCUCUGAGUUUAUGAAAGGUGCUGUACUAACUGCUGUUACUCCAUUUGGUUGUGUGCCCACAGCCAGCCAGAGACAGCAGCAGGUACUACAAAACUGGUACAGAAACAUCAAUGGUGGUGAAAGGGAUAGUGUCAAGAUGCAGUGUUUGGUCCAAGUACACCAUCCUGACAUGCAAAAAUUAAAGCCCAUAUCAUGGGAGCAUAGUGAUUUACAUUAGCUGAAGAUGUGACCCCCAGGUUUGCAUACAGAAUGCCUGCUGGACUGCAAAAAGGCAGAGGUCUUUCCACUCUGAGAGGUCUUUCCGCUCUGAGAGGCAGCUUUAGCAGUAAUGAUACAUUGGGGCUGUUCUGCAGGGGCAGCCUGUGGGAAGUCACUGGAAGUUGGAGGCACUCAGUAACUGACAAAAUUUCCCACGGUAUCAGAUGUAGCUGUACUCAGAAAAGCACAGAUUUACUUGUCGGGCACUGCAAGACAGCCUUCACCUGGCACUUAUAAGAAUUAGGAUACUGUUAUUCCCAUUUCUGUUGAUUCUGUAGAGAUUCAGCUAGAGAAAAUCUGAGAGAGUUUUUGCCCAAGAUACACUAGAACAGUCUAACGUUAGCAUCAGGAAUAGAAAUAAAUGUAUCUGUCUCAAAGUGGGACACUGAUGGCUUUCCAACUCGUCUUACAUGUUGAACAUCCUGGAGGCUGUGAAAUAGGUAAAAACCUUUACUGAAGAAAGAUUUCCAUACUAGCAUAUCCAUGCUCGUGAGCACCUGCAGCCAGUCACUCCCCUGAGUACACUCAGCACAAGCAAUUGACAAUCUGCGGUAAUCCACUCUGGAGAUCACAACAGAAGUUACUUCUUAAUUUCUUUUUCAUAUUCCUUCUGAUGUCAGAAACUGAAUAAAGUUAAAGCCUAAGUUAAAUUCUGCUGAAACUUGAUUCCAAUCAGGAAUAACAGUGCAGCUCCACAGAAUUAAAUAAGGGCUUGGUCCACGUUUUGUGAUGUGAGUACCACAACAGCCCAAUUUAACCUCCACAAUCCUUGCAAAAAGCAUCUUACUUUGCACCAGUCUUGACUGGUAAAAAUAAAAAAAAUCUUAAUAUUUUAACUGUUAAAGAAUCUCAAUUGAGAUACAGUUUUUCUGUAGUGCUUAAAUCACGGCGGAAUGAAUGAAGGUAAUUUAGCAUCCUGAGUUUAAUGCUGAUGUUACAAACCACUGAGAGCCUCAUUCAGCAAAAUGGCCCCUACCAGUAGGAGUUGUGAUAAAAGCUGGUGUUUGUCAGCUCUUCUCCUCUGAUGGGGAUCUGAAAAUAUCUCAUUUCCUUCUUCUGGCCCAACCAGUGAGCAGGGCAAUUCUUAGCUUCUGGACUCUUAAUAUAUGAAAACAAUUGGAGUUUUGCUCAGUGUGAAACCCACAGCAGUGAUGAAUGAACACCGAAGCUCCAAACUUGUUCCAGGAUAAGGCUGCAUCUUCAUAUACUACUGAUAGAUACUUGUCCUUGUGUCUUGUGUGAAUGAAACUAAACACUGCAUGAAUUCGUUUAGGGACGUUAGACCGUUUCACCUUCCGUGAAGGCUUGGUGGCUGAACAACUAACUACCUGCUUCCAAUCUUAGAUAAAGACUACUAGAACACUUUGUAAAUAUGGUGUUUAGCUAUGUCAGUAGAGCUAGUGAUCAUGUUUUGGUGGGGCAGAACUAAGAUUUUUAUGCCCCACAGCAACUUAGACGGCAUGUAAAAACUAAAUUAUGAGGCACGUGGAUUUUCAUGUACCAUAUCACUUUGGCUUGCAUAUCUGAUUUUGUAGAUUAACUCAUGUAUCUUUGGUAUGUGG